AUGUUGAAAGUUCCGAUCUUUGAACCUGUGUGUGAGUGUGGUUCUAAGAGGGGAGAAGCAAUGAUUGGGUUGUUUAAAGUAAAGGAAAAGCAAAGAGAACAAGCUCAAAAUGCUACUAGAGGUGGAGCUUCCGUCAAGAAGCAAUCUGCUGGCGAACUUCGUCUCCACAAAG